CGCCUGCAAGGAGGCGUUCUAGCAUUUACUCUAUGGUAACGCUGAGGGGGAGAGCGAGAGUCGGAGGUAUAGGCCGCUAGUCGCUGGAGGACCAUCGCUUCCUCAGUGGGGUGAGAGGAGAUAAAAUGGCUGCCGAGAGGCCGCCCGGGCCUGUCUCCCAUCGCCGCGUUCUCAUUCUGUUGCGGACGGGCAGGUGAAGAGAGGCCCGGAGGGCUGGUGCGGUGACCCGGUUGGGAAGGUGGAAAGGACCAUGGGUUCCCAGACGCUACAAAUCCUCCGGCAGGGAGUCUGGGCUUCCAUCACCGGAGGCUGGUAUUAUGACCCCCACCAGAGUACCUUUGUCAAUACCCUACACCUCUACAUCUGGCUCUUCCUCCUCUGCUUCCCCUUCACCCUGUACAUGGCAGUCCCGACGUCUCUGCUGAUUGUUGCCGUGUACUGCCCAGUGGUUGCAGCUGUUUUCAUUGUGUUGAAGCUGGUUAACUACCGUCUGCACAGGGCACUGGACGAAGGAGAAAUUGUGGAGAGGAGUGCUAGUGAGUUGACUGAAAGGGUGGCAAAGGCAGAACAUAGUGACAGCUCUGCAAGAAGAGAGGACAGCAAUGGACCCGGUGAUCCAGGUGGAGGGAUUGAAAUGUCUGAAUUUGUUCGCGAAGCAACUCCUCCAGUUGGAUGCAGUUCACGUAAUUCCUACUCUGGGUUGGACCCAAGCAAUCAGGUUGGAGUGUCUCGUUAUGGAGGUGCGUCUGGAAGCAAAGGGGAUACAGAUGCUGCAAAGACAUCAGAUGAUAUCAGUCUGAGUCUUGGCCAGAGUUACAGUUUGUGCAAAGAAGCAAGUGAAGACCAAGAUUUGACUGUGGAUCAGAAGCUUUUCCGUCUUGUCUCCAAUGACUCCUUUGUCUCCAUUCAGCCUUCAAUAUCUUCGGGUGGAAAAGACUUAUCUAGAGAUUUCAGUGACAAAGGAUCGAUAGCAACACACGGUCAUCACCACCAUGUGGAUCUGUCUCUGUCUAAUGCUUGUGACACAGAAAUAGCCUCACUUGUUCCACUGCAUUCACAUUCAUACAGGAAAGAUCAUCGACCAAGAGGUGUCCCAAGGACUUCAAGCUCUGCUGUUGCUUUCCCAGACACUUCUCUGACUGACUUUUCACUCUAUCAACCAAGGCGCGGGCUGGAUCCUGUUAGUGAACUUGAAGCUUCCAAACCACAUUCUGGGUCCAAAGAUUCACUAGUAGAUAAUGCUUGUGCUUCAGGGAUUUUUCAAUUAGACUGUCUAAAAAACAAAGGAGCCCAGCAGCUUUCAAGAACUGGUAGUGUUAAACACAUGAAGACUGACAAAAGCAUGGAUAGUUUAAGAAGCCUCAGUACUAGAAGCAGUGGAUCCACAGAAAGUUAUUGUAGUGGAACAGACCGGGACACAAAUAGCACUGUUAGCAGCUACAAAAGUGAACAGACCAGUUCAACUCAUGUGGAAAGUAUUUUAUCUGAGCAUGAGGAUAUUACUGCUGCAAAGAGAGUCCACUGUAGUGACCCAGAAGAAGAACAUAGCUCUGCUACUGAAAAAAGGACUAGUAGUGUAAGAACCGCCGUAGAAAGAAACAAUGCUCAGGAAGCCAAGGAUGCCAACACAUCUGAUGAUGUACAGAGUCCAAGGGGUCUUAGCUCACCCGCAUCAGAAGAAGCUAAUAAGAACCCACACGCAAAUGAAUUAACUGUACAAACUGACUGGCUUCCAGGUAAACUGUCGGCUAACAUGGAUGAACCUGGGGAGAAGCCAGUCAUUUUAGUUGACUUGAGAUCUUUGAAAGAAACUGGUAUUAAGCAGAGAGAUAAUGACGUACGACCCAAAUCAUCUAGUCUAAUACAUCAAACAUCCUCUGCUCAUAAAUCAUGCAGGAGACGGACAGGUAAAAAAAGAGCCAGCAGUUUUGAUGCAAGUAGACACAAAGAAUAUGUUUCCUUUCAAGGCAUAGCUGAUACCAAACCUCACAGUACUGGUUUUUGUCAUGAUGAAGAUUCUAGCGACCAAAGCGACUUGAGCAGGACCUCAAGCGUUCAGUCUGCCCACCGUUUCAGCAGCGAUAGCUCUUCCAGCACUACUUCCCAUUCAUGCCAGUCUCCUGAAGCAAGAUACAGUGCCCUAAGGACAAAGUAUCGAAUAAAAGAAAGAGGCACAGAGUCACAUCGCACACACCUAAAUUGUGAAGGAACUAGUAAAAAGCGGUCCACGCGCAGGACUUCUAGUGCAAGUGGUACAAAGAGCCGAGCUAGAGUAUUAAGUCUGGACAGUGGCACUGUUGUUAGCUUUAGUGAUGCCAACAGACUGGCUGCUCCUGAAAAUAUAAAAACCUUAACCACUUCUAAAUCAGAUCUAGAAGCCAAAGAAGGUGAAGUGCUAGAUCAGAUGUCUCUGCUGGGGAGAGCUUCACAGUUAGAAUCGGUAACACGGUCAAGAAAUAGCUUGCCCAGUCAGGUUACUUUCCAAGAAAUUGGAGAGCGAGAAGCAUCUGUUGGAGCACGCGCCAGUGAGGAGACAUUUCGACGUGAACGCAGCACAUUUAGGCGCCAAGCGGUUCGGCGCCGACACAAUGCAGGGAGUAAUCCCACCCCUCCUGCAUCACUUAUCGGAUCACCUCUCAGCCUUCAAGAUGGUCAAGGCCAGCAAUCAUCAACCCAGGUCAAAGUACAGUCCCGCCCCCCUUCCCAGGCUGCAGUGCUCAGCGCUAGCGCCUCCUUGCUGGUGAGAAAUGGGAGUGUCCACUUAGAAGCAUCACAUGACAAUGCAUCUGCCGUAGGCAGUAGCAGUUUGCACGAUGAACUUGGUAUGCAGGCCUUAUGUAACCUUGGUGACAUGGAAGUUUUAAUGCAGCACAUUUUGGGUAAAUUUACCCCAUCUCUUUAUGAGACGGGAGGAUGUGACAUGUCACUUGUAAACUUUGAGCCAGCUGCACGAAGGACGUCUAAUAAUCUUUGUGACACAGAUUCCCAUGUAUCAAGUUCUACCUCAGUUCGAUUCUACCCACAUGAUCUACUCUCUCUUCCCCAGAUCCGAUUAAACAGGUUGCUAACCAUAGAUACAGAUCUAUUAGAGCAGCAGGAUAUUGAUCUAAGCCCUGACCUGCAGGACCAGAUGCAACCACAGGAACAGGCUGCCCACAAAGUAAAACACUACUACCGGUUUUGGGUUCUCCCAAAGCUGUGGGUUGGCAUCAACUUUGACAGGCUUACUCUCUUAGCCUUGUUUGAUAGGAACCGUGAAGUCCUAGAGAAUGUGCUGUCUGUCAUUCUUGCCAUUCUAGUUGCCUUUUUGGGCUCUGUUCUUCUCAUAGAAGGCUUCUUUAAAGAUAUCUGGGUCUUCCAGUUUUGUCUUGUUAUAGCCAGCUGUCAAUACUCUCUCCUCAAGAGUGUUCAACCAGAUUCCUCUUCCCCAAGACAUGGCCAUAAUCGUAUCAUUGCCUAUAGUAGGCCUGUUUACUUCUGUGCCUGUUGCAGCCUUAUUUGGUUAUUGGAUUAUGGAAGCAAAAACAUGUCUGCCACCAAAUACAAAUUAUAUGGAAUGGCUUUCACCAAUCCUCUGCUUCUAGUGUCAGCCAGGGACUUAGUCAUUGUCUUCACGCUCUGUUUCCCAGUCGUGUUCUUUAUUGGUCUCCUGCCUCAGGUGAACACAUUCGUCAUGUACCUGUGUGAGCAGGUAGAUAUACAUGUGUUUGGUGGAAAUGCUACCACCAGCUUACUUGCAGCAAUUUACAGCUUUAUUCGUAGCAUUGUGGCCAUUACUUUACUCUACGGCCUAUGUUACGGUGCUCUUAAGGAUCCGUGGGAUGUUCAACACAUUCCUGUAUUAUUCUCCAUUUUCUGUGGUGUUCUUGUGGCAGUUUCUUACCAUCUCAGCCGACAGAGCAGUGAUCCCUCUGUCCUCAUCUCACUGGUGCAAUCAAAGAUUUUUCCAAACAGCGAGGAUACAAAUCCUGAAGACCCACUGUCAGAAGUGAAAGACCCUCUUCCAGAAAAACUGAGAAGUUCUGUUAAUGAACGUCUUCAGUCAGAUGUGGUGGUCUGUGUAGUUAUUGCAGUGUUGUACUUUGCAAUCCAUGUCAGCACUGUAUUUACCGCAUUACAGCCGGUUCUGAGCUAUGUACUCUAUGCACUAGUUGGUUCUGUUGGACUCCUUACUCACUACAUUCUACCACAAGUACGGAAGCAGCUUCCUUGGCACUGCUUCUCUCACCCGCUGCUGAAAACUAAGGAAUAUUACCAGUUUGAAGUUCGAAAUGCUGCUCAUCUGAUGUGGUUCGAGAAGGCUCACAUCUGGCUGCUUUUUCUUGAAAAGAACAUUAUUUAUCCUCUCAUAGUUCUCAAUGAGCUUAGCAUUGGUGCUAAGGAUAUAGUCAGCCCUAAAAAGCUGGAUGCAGAAGUUGGUGCACUGUUGAUCACCAUUGCCGGAAUGAAGCUGCUGAGGUCGUCUUUUAGCAGCCCCACCUGUCAGUAUGCCACUGUCAUUUUCACUGUCCUUUUCUUCACUUUUGACUACAAGGAGUAUACAGAAAAACUACUGCUAGAUCUGUUCUUUAUGUCAAUCCUCUUCAGCAAGCUCUGGGAACUGUUUUACAAGCUACGCUUUGUCUACACCUACAUUGCCCCUUGGCAGAUCACGUGGGGAUCAGCAUUCCAUGCUUUUGCACAGCCGUUUGCUGUACCUCACUCUGCAAUGCUGUUUGUACAGGCGAUUGUUUCUGCACUGUUCUCCACUCCCCUGAACCCUUUCUUAGGGAGUGCAAUCUUCAUUACAUCGUAUGUACGUCCUGUCAAGUUUUGGGAGAGAGACUACAAUACAAAGAGAGUUGACCACUCGAACACAAGAUUAGCCUCUCAGCUUGACAGAAAUCCAGGUUCAGAUGACAACAACUUGAAUUCCAUAUUUUAUGAGCAUCUCACACGCUCCCUUCAGCAUAGUUUGUGUGGUGACCUAUUGCUUGGCCGCUGGGGAAAUUACAAUACAGGGGAUUGCUUUAUUCUGGCCUCGGAUUAUCUCAAUGCCUUGGUGCACCUUAUCGAAAUAGGCAAUGGCCUUGUAACUUUCCAGCUAAGAGGACUAGAGUUCAGAGGUACAUACUGCCAGCAACGUGAAGUUGAAGCAAUCACUGAGGGCGUAGAGGAAGAUGAAGGCUUUUGCUGUUGCGAGCCUGGACAUAUUCCACAUAUGCUGUCUUUCAACGCUGCUUUUGGGCAGCGCUGGCUGGCAUGGGAAGUCUUGGUUACAAAGUAUGUUCUUGAAGGUUACAGCAUCACAGACAACAGUGCAGCCUCUAUGCUUCAAGUGUUUGACCUUCGCAGAAUCCUCACUACCUAUUAUGUUAAGGGCAUUAUAUACUAUGUGACUGCAUCUGCAAAACUGGAAGAGUGGUUAACAAAUGAAACAAUGCAGGAAGGUCUUCGGCAGUGUUCUGACCAUUGUUAUGUGGAUGUAGAUCCAACUUUCAACCCUAAUAUUGAUGAAGACUAUGACCUUCGUUUAGCUGGCAUUUCCCGGGAGAGCUUCUGUGCAAGCUACCUUAACUGGAUCAAGUACUGUUCCUCUAGAAGGGAGAAGCCUCUUGAUGCUGAAAAGGAUUCACCUUUGGUAACACUUUGUUAUGGGCUCUGUAUUUUGGGGAGAAGAGCACUUGGUACAGCUUCUCAUCACAUGUCCAGCAAUUUGGAGUCCUUUCUUUAUGGUCUACAUGCCUUGUUUAAAGGAGAUUUCCGCAUAUCAUCUCUCCGCGAUGAGUGGAUUUUUGCUGAUAUGGAGCUUUUAAGAAAAGUUGUAGUUCCCGGCAUACGCAUGUCCCUAAAACUUCAUCAGGACCACUUUACAUCUCCAGAUGAGUAUGAUGAUCCUGCAGUUUUGUAUGAAGCCAUUAUGUCUCAUGAGCAGAACCUUGUUAUUGCGCAUGAGGGAGAUCCAGCAUGGAGGAGUGCCGUUCUUUCCAACUCACCCUCACUUCUUGCACUGCGCCAUGUGAUGGAUGAUGGAACUAACGAAUACAAGAUCAUAAUGUUAAAUAAACGCUAUCUAAGUUUUAGAGUCAUUAAGGUAAACAAGGAGUGUGUGCGGGGCUUAUGGGCUGGUCAGCAACAAGAGUUGGUUUUCCUUCGUAAUCGGAACCCUGAAAGAGGAAGCAUCCAAAAUGCUAAGCAAGCUCUCCGGAAUAUGAUCAAUUCCUCAUGCGACCAACCUAUCGGAUACCCUAUUUAUGUUUCCCCUCUGACAACCUCUUAUUCAGACAGCCAUGAUCAGCUUAAAAAGAUAUUUGGUGGGCCAAUUAGUUUGGCCAAUAUCCAGAACUUUAUUGUAUCAACAUGGCACAGGUUAAGGAAAGGUUGUGGGGCAGGAUGCAAUAGUGGUGGCAAUAUUGAAGACUCUGACACUGGAGGCGGGACCUCCAUAAAUAGCAACAAUCCACCAAAUGCAAAUGACACUCAGAGCAGUGUAUCACAAGUUGGUGUCCCAGCUGGAACAGGACAUGUGCCCAAUGCACGGCUCCAGCCUCCAGGGAUGCCUCAUCCAUCAACACUAGGAACCAGUCACAGCUCCCACUCCAUGCAGUCAAGCCUUGUCAGACAUUCCCCAGCUCGUGGAUCAGUAGCAAGUCAAUCAUCUUACUGCUACAACAGCCGUCACUCAUCACUAAGAACAUCCACAACAGGAUUUGUGCCUUGUAGGCGCUCCUCUACCAGCCAGAUAUCGCUUCGCAAUCUCCCCUCAUCCAUUCAGUCCCGUCUUUCCAUGGUGAACCAAACAGACCCCACAGGACAGUCCGUUUUGGUUGGCCUUCCUUCCUCCAGCAGCUCAAGCCAGAGCAUACCUGCAUGCAAAAGACACACCUUAGUGGGCUUUUUGGAAACAGAACGUGGCAAUAACCUCACUGAAACACAAUCCUGUGGCAAUUCUAGUCCAGCAACCCAUUCAAGAGCCAAAAAGGAAGAGGUUGUUUACAGAGUCCAGAUUGUGGAUUCAAGCCAAGUGCUUGAAGGUGUGAAUAUAUCCAAACGAAAGGAGCUGCAGUGGCCAGAUGAGCUGGUGCGGCUAAAAGCUGGCAAGAACAGCUGGAAAGACUGGAGCCCUCAGGAAGGCAUGGAAGGCCAUGUAAUUCACCGCUGGGUGCCUUGCAGCAGAGACCCUUGUAAUAGGUCCCACAUUGACAAAACAAUCCUGCUGAUUAAGAUUGAGGACAAAUAUGUUGCUGUGAUUGAAACUGGUGUGCUUGAACUCGGAGCCGAAGUAUGAGGCUGCCUUUCACCCAUCUUUCGAGGACUCUGAGAGAACUGAACUGUUACAGAAUUCCAGAUGGAUAAAAAGGGCUUUUAAUUAAGCCCAAUCAAUGUAAAGUUAUUUUUUCUGGGGUUGUUUUACUUAUCUGUGGAUGUUUAAAGAAGAAAAAACAAAAAAACGGUUAUAAGACCAUUAUCUUAUAUGUAAAAAAAAAAAGUGAAAAAGAUAUAAUGCUAUGCAUUUCAUAUGCUUUAAGUCAGAAACAUAUUGUACUUCUCUGUUCAAAAAUAUGAUCUUCAUAUUUUUCUAAUUUAUUUGCCAAAAAAAUAAUUUCCAUGUUCUCGUACUGCAGCAUGUCUUUUUCUCACCCCCACCCCACAACUUCACCUAUACAAAUAGAUUCCGUUCUUUUUAGAGCAGUAAAUGUUUUAUAUACGGUAAGAAGUCUGCAAACUCGCUAAGACAUUUUUUUGUGGUGAAGACUUUUGAGGAAACUGCACUAAAAUCAUUUUUUUCUACAACAAUGCACUAAAGUCUGAUAUCUAUUGAGAUUGAUAUUUAUAAAUAUAUAAAUAUAUACAGAAAAUACCGUAAUUUAAAUUGUUUUAUUAUGAAAAAAAAAAAAGUCUUGUGACCCUCUCCCAUUUGUUCUAGCAAGCAGUUUAUGUAUAAAGGCUGUUGGUUUGUUUGUGUGUACACAUACAGUGCAAUCAAUUCACUGGAAUUAAAGAAGCGUUUUUGGACUACCCAAAUGUCUUAUCAGUCCAGUACAUUCUCAGUGGGAGGGAAGCAAAACAGGCGCUAAUAGAAGGCCAAACAUAUAGACACACUUUGAACUACUUCUAGUAGCUUGGGCAUCUUGGGAGAGUAACAUUCUAUAAAGGUAUAGAGUCAUUGCAAUCAUGAGCAUGGAAAUAUGACUCCAGAAGAUAAAGCCAUUCUUUGUUCUUAGCUUUGUUUAGAGGAAAAGCCUAUCUAAACCCAUAGAGUACAGAAAUGGGCAUAGUUAUAUAUCAGGGAUGUGUGACCCUAAGUCUAUUGCUAAACUUAAGUUUCCUGCAUCUUCAGUUAUUGGGGUGCCGGGUUUUGUGAUUUAGCAGUAGCUAGAGAUCUGUGUGUUGUACAACUCCACCCAGUUACAUAGCAUCCCUGGAUAUCAGAACUUCUAGACUGGGCUUUUAGGGUCUGGCCACACAAGCAGAUUCCCUGAGGAAACUUCGAGCGACUUCGGAAAACGGCGGAAGGCAGUUCGGUGGAGAUUGACACCCCGAAGAAGAGGAAAUUUGUCGCUGGGGCGACUAAUCUCCCUGAAUCUGCUCGUGUGGCCAGACCCUUAGGGUGUGUUGUGGCAUAUUUUUAAGUAACUACCCAGACGAAAAAAACAAAAAUGCACACACAAAAUACUAAGGCUUUUGUUUGAGAUGCACGGUUAUUAUGGUUUGUUGCUUUUUGAGUGAUGUUCCCAUUUGAGGCCAUCAACUAGGUAAUGGCACCAAAAAAAUUGCAAAUUAUCUUUAGGGCACAUUUAUAAAAAAAAAAAAAAGCUAGAUAUUCAUGCCUAAUAAUGCUAAUGCAAGCUAAUAGUUUCCCUUUGAUAUAAGAAUGAUUGCUGAUCAAUAUUGUGCAAUUAAAACGUUUGUAGUCCCAAAUCCCGAUUUCUGAAGUUUGUAAUGUAACCAUUUCUCAAGUUUCAUCUUUCCAGCUCAGAUCUGCCUAGAUACAACUGUUGAAUUGGAUAGUCCAGCUUUCUUUCUUUUUUUUUUUUUUUUUUUUGGUUUAUAGAAAAUUCAAAUGUUCAGGGUUUUUAAUACGAUGUUACCCGACUCCUGAAAUAGCGGGAGACUGAAUGGGGAUGCUGGUAUCCAAGAAAAUUACAAGUUCAAGUAUCAUUCUUUGAGCAAAGUCAGUGGAAGCAUAAGAUACAGUGAGAAUCAUGGAAGAAGGGUUUAUUGAUUAGCGCACGGAAGGUAAUGUUUCAGCAAGAUAAUAAACACAAUAGCACGAUUUGUGAUAAAUUAGUCUUUUCAGGUCCAUUGUCAGUUAUUGUCACUUUUUCCUCUUUCCACAAUUUUUCUUUUUAGAUUCAUUGGGGUUACGGGAUAAAAUCCUAGUUUAGUCAUGUAGACAGAAGGAAAUUUAACUGUGAUGUUGAGGUAAACAUUUGUGCUUUUUAAUAUGUACAGUUGUGGGUGUAUUUUCCCUUUUUCUGGUAGGGAGAAAAACCCUUCAAUUUAGAAAUUCUGUGGAUUUUUCAGUUGCAUAAAUAUUUCUUAAUUCUGUACAUGGACAGUGCCUCUGCAAUCACCACAUUGAUAAGAUGUUUAUCCAGAUAAAAUAAAAAUGACCUCUUGCUAUUUAAUAGUGUAGCUCAGGAAUAAUUUUACCUGUUGGGUUUAUUGUAAUUUAUUUUGCUCCGUAGUGAUAUUUGAGGCUGGACAAAAUUCCUCAAAGGCGCAUACUUAGGUAUGUACAGUAUUUAUUAAAAUGGUAUAUAAUGUGUAGUACAUCAAGAGGAAAGUCAAUGACAAAUCAUUUGUAAAAUGUGCCAGAAGCAAUACGGCCUGAAUCAUAUUGUGCUGCAGAAACCCCCAGCAAAUGAUAGAGGUGGCAAAAUAGGGAGGAAAUGGGCCAUUUUUUUUCUGCUUUUCUCUUAACCUUGUGAUCUGCCACAUUGAUUCUCUAGCCAAGUCCCUACCUGCAGUAUAUAAGAGCAUGAUUGCCUGUGAGCUGUAUCCUUUAUCAAGCAUAAGUAUAUACACAUUUAUUAACUUUUUUAAUUCUAUUUGUCUUUCUUGAGAGACAUGGGCAGUAGCUAGUUGUCUGAAUACACAGCAGAGCUAUCCCUUAUAUGUAUUCUCCUGCUAUAGAUUUAGGGCAAUAUCAGAAAGGCAUCUGUCAGAAGGUAGCAUUUCCUCAUGGUUAGGUUGCCCUGCAUUUAGGCAAGACAAAAGAGGUAUUUACUAGAGUUUCUCAUAGCCCUGUCUGACAUUGCCCUAAAAACUCAGUGGGGCUUAUUUAUAAGCAGUGGGCAAGUUUGCUCCUGGGGAGUAACCCAUAGAAACCAAUCAGUAAUUAGCUUUUUUUCAGCCAGCUGCACAUUGAAUACUGAAAGCAAACAUCUGAUUGCUUGCUAUGGGUUACUGCCCUGGGGCAGAUUUUGUCCAGUGCUUAGAAUGCGGUAAGAAUGCAAAAGGAACUUUUCUCCCCUCCCUUAUGGCUGGAGCCUUUGAAACAAUGGCAUUUUCCAAAGAUUUUAACAGGGAGUUUCUCUGCUGCUAAUUUUCAUUGCAUACUGGCAGAAUCUUAUACAUAUAAAUAUUUAAAAGUCAGAAUAGAAGUGAAAACAUAUGAAUGAAAUAAAUCGAAACCGUGUGAGAUAUAAACUAGUGGGGAAAAAAAGGUACAUGGAUAAAUAUUAUCAUCAGUUUUCGUCAUUGAAAUGCAAAUAGUCUAAUGUAUGUACUUCUAGCCUGGUGAUGCCAAGAAUAAUAUCUUAAAGGCGAGUUGGGUAAGAAUUUGGAUGCACCACCUACUGACUCUCCAAGAUACUUCUAGAAGCCCAGUGCUGUAAGGGUGAGCUUUCAAAUGAGCACUUAUUUUCUUUAUUGGGUAUUUAUCAUAUAAUAGCAAAUAAAACUAUUUUAUUCAUAAGUCAGUAACCUUAUGAGCUAGGGGAGACUAAGUAUGCCUGACCAAAUGUUGGAUCUUAAAUGGGAGCUUGGUAAGAUUUAAAACACUGCUUUAUAGAAAUGUUCUGCUAGAAUCCGAAUACAAUAUUCUCCCACACUAGCAUCUAUAUUCAGUGGCACCUUUUGCACACAGCUGCCAACACGUUUUCUGCCCACACUUUGGAAUAAUCUCCUUCUAUACUGUACCAGUACCCCCCUGUAAGCAUCUUUAGCCCUGAACUGGGCACUAUAUACAAGGAAUAAAUGGUGAUUUGAUGUAAAGUGAGCUUGGUGUAUCCACUAUAGUGAAGCUGAUAAACUCAUUUUGUCUAGCACAUUCUUCUUUAUAGAAAUAAGUUUUCAAGUGAAAGUUGCUGAGACAAGUGGGCAGUAUCAGAUAUUCUAGGUAAGUGUAGGUUCUUAGGUCUAUUUUAAAUGUUGGCUACAGAAGCAUUGACUCACACUGCAUUCACCAACUGCUUCUUGAUUUGUAAUUCCACAAGCAGCAAGUGGAGCUCUUAUUUUAUAACACUUUGGAACAUAUUUAUUAACAUUGGAGACAGACAUCAACAGGCAAUUAGAUUUCAAGUCACCUAGACGGUCGAAAAAACAAAAGCAAAGAUCUGAUUGGCUGUUAUAGGCAACAUCACUGGUGAUGUCACUCCUAUAACUUGCUGCAGUUUGUGACAGUGUCAAAACACUGAGCAAUGACUUCUGUAUGAAUUAAUUGUGGUUAUACUUAACAUCAUUAAACUUUAUGUAGCAGAAGCAAACAAUGUGAUUAUUAAAUCAUAAUCAGAUCACCCUGAUGUUUAGUCUGCCUUCCUUCUGGAGUGCGUUCUAUCACAAAUGCAAUGUGUCUGUUGGUAGGAGUGAUCCAGCAGGUUCUAGUAGGAACCCCGCUCCACUGCCUUGAAUAAUAAUAAUGGUAGUCUCUUUAAGAAGUGGUGCUGACAUAACUUCAAUCAUUCAUGUCAUUAUCACUUUAAAUACUGUAAUCAUACAGUUGAGAUGAUAUAAAUGUUGGACUACAGGUUCCAGCAGGCAGCACUUAUUAUAAUACUCCCCCUAAGUCCUGCAAGCUUCUAGUUGGACGGUGCCAUCAAUGAAGGCUUAUUGCUGCAAAUGUUGUUCUCUAGUGCAUGGUUGGUAAAUGGAAGAAGUAAAUGUACUUUGACUAGAUUUGGAUAAGCUAAUAGGCAAGCAGCAUGGUUUUAUCUUGUCCUGGUUGCUGUUGCCUCCAUUCUGUUGUUGGCACUAGCCAUCUUUUUCACUUUAGCCAUUCAAACUUGAUUGAUAACCUGUAACCUUUCCACCCAUUACAACUUGAUUCAAUAUAUAUUUUGUAUGUGUCUAAACACUCAAUUUGCCUUCUGGUUAUGCAAGAGACGCCUUCAUUUGGCCUUCGUUUUGUUUCUCUGUGUUGCUGCUUUGCAGUAUACAGGUCUGUACAUACAUUCAGCUGGUUACAGUUAGUCUGUAUUUAAAUGUCUUGCUUUAUUCUGUGAAAUUCGAUCUAUUUAUUCGUAUAUUCCGUGCUUAGAAAAUGUUUUAUAAAAAAGCUGCUCGGAAGGUUGGAGAGAGAUGUGCACACUAACGUGUCAUUUCCUUCCAACCUCUGUUUUGUUUUUAAUACCUGGUUUUCCCAACUCCAAAACUGAUAUAGUAUAUACAUAUAUAUAUAUAUAUAUAGUUUUAAAGAGAAAAAAAGUUUUAAUUCAGGUAAAAUAUUGUUUUAUUACAAAGCUAAGAAUAGAAAUGACUUAUUUAUACAUGGUUGGUGGUAGCGUGGAUGAGCUAUCCACUGCAAAAUAAAAAAUGCUGUUUGGGGUAUUGCUCUUUGCAGGUUCCAAAACAACUUACAGGGUUCCUACCAGCAAAAGUACAAAAAAAAACCAAAUCCACCUAUGGUUACAUUUGUGUGUGUCUGCGUGUUCUUGAAAACAAGAUGUAAAUAUUGUAGUUGUCGAAAAUUUAAGACAUUUUUUCCCAGUGUGUUGCAUUAUAAAGUAUUGUCAGUGGGAAACACUGAGAAAUAAACUGAUUUUUUUUUCCA